CUGACGUGGGGUUGGGGCUGGGGCGGGGGCUGGCAACCCGAAGCCUGGAUACCUUUUCUCGACUCUCCGGGCGGGGACGGCCUGCGGACAACCAGCUGGUUUGGAGCGCUUCAACGCAGGGAGGGAAUUCUCUUGCCUGGGGUCCAGCCUGUAAAGCCACCGCGUUCUCUUAGGGAUCCCGCCCCACCGGCCGGGCCUCCUCCAUGCAGUUGAAACAGGUUGACAGCCAUUAACCUGGGUUGCAGCUACAGGUGGCACCAGAAGCAGACUGGUUCCCGGACAUGCCCGGCGGAAGGAGGGGCCCUAGUCGGCAGCAGCUAAGCCGUUCAGCUUUACCUUCUUUACAGACUUUGGUUGGUGGGGGCUGCGGCAAUGGAACAGGCCUGAGAAACAGGAAUGGUAGUGCUAUUGGCCUUCCGGUCCCACCUAUCACAGCCUUAAUCACACCUGGUCCUGUUCGUCAUUGCCAAAUUCCUGAUUUGCCUGUGGAUGGAAGCCUGCUCUUUGAAUUUCUCUUUUUCAUCUACCUGCUGGUUGCUCUGUUUAUUCAAUACAUCAAUAUCUAUAAAACAGUGUGGUGGUAUCCUUAUAAUCAUCCUGCUUCUUGUACUUCACUGAAUUUUCAUCUCAUUGAUUACCACCUGGCAGCAUUCAUCACAGUGAUGCUUGCAAGGAGGCUGGUGUGGGCCCUCAUCUCAGAGGCCACUAAGGCGGGUGCAGCAUCUAUGAUUCACUACAUGGUUCUGAUAUCAGCUCGCUUGGUGCUACUCACUUUAUGUGGAUGGGUACUUUGUUGGACCCUCGUCAAUCUCUUCCGGAGCCAUUCAGUCCUCAAUCUCCUUUUCCUUGGCUACCCAUUUGGUGUUUAUGUUCCUCUCUGCUGUUUCCACCAAGAUAGUAGAGCUCAUCUUCUUCUCACAGACUAUAACUACAUGGUUCAGCAUCAGGCAGUAGAAGAAAGUGCCUCAACUGUGGGUGGCUUGGCCAAAUCCAAAGACUUCCUCUCCUUAUUGCUGGAGUCUCUGAAAGAACAGUUUAAUAAUGCCACGCCCAUCCCCACGCACAGCUGCCCCCUCUCUCCAGACCUCAUUCGCAAUGAAGUGGAAUGUCUGAAAGCAGAUUUCAACCACAGAAUCAAGGAAGUUCUCUUCAACUCCCUCUUCAGUGCCUACUAUGUUGCAUUUCUCCCCCUGUGUUUUGUGAAGAGUACCCAGUACUAUGACAUGCGCUGGUCAUGUGAGCACCUCAUUAUGGUGUGGAUCAAUGCUUUUGUCAUGCUCACCACACAGCUGCUGCCAUCUAAAUACUGUGAUUUGCUACAUAAAUCAGCCGCUCACCUGGGCAAGUGGCAGAAGCUUGAACAUGGGUCCUACAGCAAUGCUCCACAGCACAUUUGGUCAGAAAAUACAAUAUGGCCUCAAGGGGUGCUGGUGCGACACAGCAGAUGCUUGUAUAGAGCCAUGGGGCCUUACAACGUGGCAGUGCCUUCAGAUGUAUCCCAUGCCCGCUUUUAUUUCCUAUUUCAUCGUCCAUUAAGGCUGUUAAAUCUGCUUAUCCUUAUUGAGGGCAGUGUCGUCUUCUACCAGCUCUAUUCUUUGCUGCGGUCAGAGAAGUGGAACCACACACUUUCCAUGGCUCUCAUCCUCUUCUGCAACUACUAUGUUUUAUUUAAACUUCUCCGGGACAGAAUAGUAUUAGGCAGGGCAUACUCCUACCCACUCAACAGUUAUGAACUCAAGGCAAACUAAGCUGCCUCUCAACAAUGAGGGAGAACUCAGAUAAAAAUAUUUUCAUACGUUCUAUUUUUUUUCUUGCAAUUUUUAUAAAUAUUUAAGAUAUUUUAUAUUUUGUAUACUAUUAUGUUUUGAAAGGUGGGAAGGGUAAGGGAUAUUAAAUGUAUCCACAAACAAGGUGAUGUGAUCUUUCAUGUGUUAGUACAUUUGAAUAAUAACACAGGAUGAGAGGUGUGCCUCUCCAGUAAAGAGAUUGAUUUGUUCGUAUGGCUCUGGAAUAACUCAUUCAUUUACAACACAUCUCCUGUAUCACUUGACACCGUACCUUCGGUAUGUCUACUUUCCCAGUCCUCUCAAUAUCUUUAAUCCUCAGUUGGCCUUCCUGCUACAGAAACGGAGAUCAGUGGAGUUGCCUGACAGCACCUAUUCUCUUUCUCUUUGGCUGGCUAACAGUAUUGGAAUACUUGGGGCAAAGCGUGGCUUAUGGUCCUGGCUGGGACUCUCUCUGUUGCAUCAUGGGAGGAAAACUCAGCAUUUAGUUCUGCCCAAUGACAUUCAAAAGUACUUACGAAUAAGGUGCUAUCCUGAAACUCAGCGGAUAUUGCUGUUAUUUUCCCUGUUCUUUCACUUCUUUCGCCUCUUAAGAUUUUUCUUUAAUUAUUAGCUGUUUGAAAUGAUAAUUUUUAAGGCAAAGUCUUUAGAGUGUCCACACCCAGGAAGAAGAUGUAUGGCUGGACCAGUGGGAGAAGAUGAGUGCAAAUGCCAUGUGGGCUGGAAUGUGGGCAGGCUGAAGAUCCCUGCAGCCUAGAAGAAUGGGCCAGUCCUCAGCUAAACAAUCUUGGAUACAGUCUAAGCAGCAGCCCACCUACAACGGCAUGUUCGGAGUUAUAAGCAGAAGUGAAAUAGAAGAAGUUACCUCUUUGUCCCCCGAUAAUUUGAUCUGUGCCUAAAAUGUGUGUUUUUAGUUUCAAAUUCCAGAACCUCUGUGUUUGCGAGCAUUAACCCUUGCCAGUCCAUGUCCGUAUUCUCGAGAGGUGAUCUUAGUCAAUUGAUGUCACUAGUCAUCUAAACUUCUGAGGCCUUGUCUUGAGAGCCUGAAAUAUAUUCUCAUAUGUUUUCUGUG